CUACUAGUCAAACAGUCAAAAAAAGAACGGCAAGCAAUGAAAACAACACAGAUUCCGAUGAUGAUGAUGAUGAUGAUGAGGAUGGAUGGGAAAAUGUCGAUGCAAAACCUAGCGAAGAAGCUGUUAUUCAAAAAUUACUUAAAGAACGUGAAGAAAGACAAUCCACUCUAAUUAAUGGUGAAGUUGAAGUCAGUUUAACCAGUGAUGAAGUUGCAGCGGCCCAAAGUAAACGUAAAAAGAAUCUCAAUUCAAAAGAACAUCUAUUAGAACUUCAUUUAAAACGUGUAUUAAAACAAAACUGUCAACAAAAACAUAAAGAUAAUAUCGUUUGUAAUCUUGCGCAUGGUUUCGAUUUAAUAAAAACUUUCAUAAACAAUCAAGAAUUAAGUUCACUUAUGCUUUCAUUACUUGACGAAUCCACUACCGAAACACUUAUCUACAAUGACAAGACAACUAGUAUGAAUGACAUUCAUCGUCUUGUUGAACAUUUUAAUGAAAUUUUUCUUUCGAUCGACGAAUCAACAAACGACGAGCAACCGGUAACAAUCGAAAAUAUACGUCUAGCUUUGAGUGAACAUGCUACGAAAACUUUCUCGCCUAUUCGAAUUAUUCUUUUUGCUAUCUACGCUCGUCUUCUUCAGUAUGAAUGUCGAUUAGUAUUUGCUGCUGAUUUACCACCGAUCCGACCACGAAUGAAAAAUGACGGCACAUCAGGUGAUGUGAAAAAAACUCGUAAGAAAAAUCCGCCAACACUCUCCGACGAUGACAACAGUAAUGGUACAAUGAAUGAAGAUACAUCAAGUAUUCAUUCGUCUGAUACAGCGUCAUUCGAACUUGUUAAAAAUCAUCAAGCUAUUUCACCGACAAUAACAGAUUCGAAAAAGUCGACCAAAAAAAUACGUCCGUUAAAACCUCGAUAUUAUUGGAUUGAAAUUUUUAUUCAAACAACAGACGAUGGUUAUAUUCCCAUUGAUAUCUACACAUCGAAAAUAAAUUCUCUAACAGAAUUUGAAGUUAAUAUUAAAUUUCCCAUGCUUUAUGUAUGGGCAUUUGAUAUUGAUCAAUCGAGUUCAUAUGCUAAAGAUGUAACAAAACGAUAUUCACAGAAAUGGUUAACAACACCUUAUCGUACAUCACAUAUUGAACAUAAAACAAAUGGUGAUCCGAAAUGGUAUGGAAAAUGCAUGAAAAAAUAUCAACCAAAAGAUAAAAGAAAAUCCGAAUAUUCUCAAGUUGAAAAUAAACAAAUUGAAAAUCAAUUAGCUCGACAACCGAUUCCGCAAACAAAGUCAGAAUUAAAUGGACAUCCAUUGUAUGUACUCAAGUCUAAAUUACUUAAAUUUGAAGGCAUCUAUCCUAAUGAAACACAACCCAUUGGAUGGUUUAAAGAAGAACCAAUCUAUUCUCGAGACAAUAUUCAUAUUUUACGUUCGAAACAAACAUGGCUGAAAGAAGCUCGACAAGUCAAUCCCGACGAAGAACCAUAUAAACUCGUCGAAGGAAGAAUCAAAAAUCUUGAUCGUAAAAUGGGCGUGACGACACGACCUCAACUUGAAUUGUUUGGUGAAUGGCAAACAUCUGAAUAUGUUCCACCAUUAGCAAAAGAUGGCAUUGUGCCGUGUAAUGAAUAUGGAAACGUUGAUCUAUUUAAACCUGAAAUGAUACCGAACGGUUGUGUUCAUAUUGUUGAACCAAAUGCAGCUCGUCUUUGUAAAAAAUUGGGAAUUAAUUAUGCUGAAGCAAUCAUCGGUUUUGAUGCGCAUGGUAGUGGAUCUCAUCCAGUUAUCGGAGGCAUUGUUAUAUGUAAAGAAUUUGAACCAGCUCUACGCGAUGCCGUUGAACAACAAAAACAAAUUACAUUGGAAAAAGAAAUCAAGAAAAAAGACGAAAGAAUUUAUAAAAAUUGGAGAAAACUCAUUCGAGGUUUAAUUAUUAAACAGAAUCUGGCUAGAAAAUAUGCUGAUAUGGAUGGAACACAAAUGGCAACGGAUGCUAAAUAUCAAUGGCCUGUUUUGCCCAAAGAAGAUAAUAAAAAUGAUGAAAACUCUAUGUAA